CAGUCGACGCCGCGCACCCAAACGGUCCAGACCUGUCAGCCCGGAAGACACACGCGCAGCAACUCAACACUUUCACGAGCUACCGACCUACUAAGUAAUAUCGGGAGAUCGCGACUGUUGGCAGCGUGACACUAUAUACGCGCACCGCAGUUCAUUUUAAUAACUAUAAACCGCAUUUCGCGAGUUUCGUUCUUUCGUUCAUCGAAAGUUUACGCUUUGAAGUUCGAAGAUUUUCCUCUGCGGAAGAGUACCACUGGACAUUGCUCGAGGACGAAUCCUUAUUCGCAUUUUUUUUCUAUCUCUAUCGGCAGCGAUACGAGAAUUCUCUCGCGACGUGGUACAAGCAGUGAUCUCACUCCCAGGAGUCAGCCCGAGACUAGCUUUUGCGCGGGAGGCAGUAAGAGCGAGUCGAAGAGCGACAGUCAAGAAAGACAGAUAAAGCGAGAAAGAGAGAGCAUACGAAAGUCUGCGAACGAGGCAGAGAGAAAGAUAAAGAAAGAGAGAGAGAGAGAGAGAGAAAGAGAGAGAGUAACGGAGAGGCACUGAGAAAGAGGACAGAGGGAGACAGAAGACGUGGUGGGAGUGACUCCGGGCGUUAGCGAGAGAGCGAGAGAGGCGGGUAGAGGGAAAGGAGAGAUAGAGACUCGACCAAGAGAAGGAGCGGUGGGAAUUUAUAAGGAUGUUCGCGAUAAUGCCGAUGGAGACAGAGGGGCACGGCAGGGAGUUCGGCCGGCGGCAGAAGAUGCGCGCCAAGUGCACGGUAGAGUUCGUCUGCAAGUACUGCCAGCGGCGCUUCACGAAGCCCUACAACCUCAUGAUCCACGAGCGCAGCCAUAAGGACGACGUGACCUUCACCUGCGAGGUCUGCGGAAAGUCCUUCAAGCGGCAGGACAACCUCAAGCAACACAGAUGUGGGUGGCGGUGAGCGGGAGCUCUGAACCUCCUGCACCUUGACACACACACAUACACACACAUACAAGCACAUACACGUGCACAUAUACACGUACAUUCACACACACAUACACACACACACACACACACACACAGACCCAGACUCAAUACACACGCAUACACAAGUAAUAACAAUUAGCAGCAACAAUAAUACGACAACAGAGUAUAUGGCAAUAAUUGCGACACUACAAUCUACAAUCAUGCACUUUUAUUAUUUGAUCACCCGCACUUUUUCCCGAUCGCGGCGAAAGCGCGAUCAACAACUGUGCCACUACCGCCACCACAGAAAACCCCAGCAUGCGUAUACUGCUUUUUCUUCUUCUUCUUCUUCUUCUUCUUCUUCUUGGUCUUCCUCUUCUUCUUCUCCUCUGUGUCUGCCUCUUUCGCUAUUUCGUCUUCUCACUAUGUCUGCGACUUUUAUUACCCUCACUACGACUUCUUCAUCGUCGGCUAUUUCUUGUACUAACACACGGCGCGCACGGGUCCCACGCUUUAACGAGGCGGCGGAAAAUGAUUGAUAGAUAGGAAGGAAAUUUAGUGAAUGUGAGUGGGAAGGAAGCGAAGGGUUUUUUUUCCCCCUGGAAAUGUACUCUCCUCAUCUUCCGAUUUCGACCAUCUCUGUUCCAGGAGCAUACACUCUGUUCCCUACAAGGGCUCCAACGGCUACUCAAAUGGCUAUUCGAAUGGCUACUCUAGGUAUUAGAAGCCAUCCGGCCAACUACUAUCCUAAACUCCCGUAGACACGCGUUUCUCUUUCUCUAUCGAAUGCUCUAGCUACCGACCUAGUUCUUUCCCGAAUGUCCAUCCUCUAUUAGAGCAUAUCCUUCGCGUCGAUCCGACAUGUCGCACCUGCAAGAGAUGUCGUGUUUGCGUACGGCAAGGGAAUCGCGAUGCUCCGUCGAUUUUUGUUACCACCCUCGUCUAUCACCCUCGCAUCUAGUUCGUCCGUCCUGCUUCUUUGAGUUUUUUUUCGCUUCUGUUUACCCUCCUGUAUUCCGAGCCUACACCCAGACGUCAGCCACAUCAGAGGAAUCUACGAUUCGACCCGACAUGAAGCACCGUCGCAGAGUCGAGAACGACGGAGGCAAGUUGGGAUGCAGCGAUACGACGGACAAUUGUAAUUUCAUCGAACUUCCUUUGUAAUUCGAUUCACUCAAACGGGUAACGAUAUAUUCUUGUUAAAUACAUGCCGAGCGAUUGACGAUGUUAGAAGCGUUUACGAAAUUCACCGUUUAAGAUAUGACUGGACAGAUGAUAUCAGAUAUCAUGCACAAUUCGAUAACUCCCGCACCUCUAAUAAAUACAAUAGUCAGCGUUUUGUAUAAGAUGCACGAAUAUGAUAAAGGAAGAUAGAUGCGAUUGCGGAAAACAUGUAUUUGUUGAAAUAUUUAGAGAAAUUAUUUGAUUGUGAAACUUUUUUCUUGACGUGCUCUGUUUUAAAUAUUCACUAUCCUCAGUAAGACAUAUUCUAAUCAUCUCGUUAAAAAAUUUUCCGACCGAUGACCGUUUCACGGUAAACGAUAAAAUUGUCGACAUGCCGAAUCGAGUUAGGUCUUCUUGUUGUGUACAUAAUAUCGGUAUUUCGAUCGAAUGGACAAACGACGGAAGCUUCAAGAAUGAGAAGAUGAGAAAAUGAUGUUUGCAUAGGAAAUCGAUCGCACGAUAAUAAAGAAGCGAACCGGCGAUUCGUCCAGGAAUCGGAGCGGGCGAUACACACAUUCUUCCGCAUUUUCAUAACGGAAGCUAUCACGACGCUGCUCCUCGCACGCUCCUCGGGCUAACGUCCUAAAUUGGACUACGUAAUAACCCACUAGCUCUAUAUAAGAACCAGCGCUGGUCGGAGGAUACACUGUUCGCUUCUUCGCGUGCUACCGUGGACCACGCCCAGGCCCAGGAGCGACGUCUUCCUGACCUACCACCUGGCAAUCAGGCCGCGGAGCUACUCGGCUUCCCCUUCAGAAAAUCCAUAUAAUUCUGCGCGACGGCGAUACGACGGCGAGUCGCGCAUCGCCGGGGAUCGCCGGCGCGAAAUCGUAUACAUAUCACCGCGAGCGUGCGCCGCGAUUGUUGCACACGAAGACACGACCGGACAACCUUGGGGCCACGUGGGGCUACAAGAUGGGUUCGCGGUGGUAUCGUUGACGCAGAUAUCAAGUCAGCUGAGAUCGGUUUCCAGCGGGUGAACUCUCGGCGAGGUGUCUCUUCGAUUCCGGCCGAGACGCGAUCCAUUGAGGUAGAAGAGGAUCAACCGUUAUUAUUUCCGAGCGUCGAUCCAUAUCUUUCUUUCUUUCCUCUCCUCCUUUUUUCCUGUAUCAUUCAGUUUCUCUUUUCCCUUUAUUUUCAUACCCGUGCGGAUCGCGUGAUGAGUAAUAUGGUGCUCGAAACGGUGGGCGGAAGGGAGAAGAUUGCACGUGAUGGAGCAAUCGGCACCAUAAUGCUCGAAGUAGGUAAACGUGAAGCUGUACGACGUGUAGAUGAUGAUGAUGCUGAUUCCCCGCUUGCUUCUCGAGCUAAACACGAGAAUCGAGUGGGAAAGCACGUGUGGCGAGCAUAAAUAUAAUCGUCGCGUUCGAAAUCGUUCAACUCAGAUGCAAACUGCAGGAACCUUCAAUUCUCAUAGCGGAGUCGGUAGGAAUAUAUUAUAUAUGUAUAUGUAACCUGAGAGAUUUUUAAGAUAUAAAGCUAACUGAAAUAAGUUUGUUCACGGAUCACAUUCUGAUUAUAACCACAUGUUAAUGUUUUAAAUGUAUUUUUCGGCAAUGUAAAUCACGAACUGUUUAAUUAUAUUAUGCAUAUCAUAGAUUUUCGUGUAUUUUCAAAGAAAAUCAAAAUUAAAUUCGUCACAUAUGCUCCCAUCUUAUAUUCCUACCUUCUCUUCUAAUUUACGUUGCUUGAUGCUAUCGAUAUAUCUAGAUACAUAUAUUGCGCAAAGAGAUAUCAACAAAAUUAUCAUAAUCAGAAUAAUUCUUGUGCUUCUCAUUCUAACCACCCUUCGACUCGAGUAACACUCGAGUCCAUCGUGAUAAAUUGUAAAGAAUGUAUUUUUUUGUAUUAAAUUUAAUAUAUUUUGUGGCAUGCUUUUCAAACUGUAUGUACAUUAAAAGGAGAAUGUUUGAACGUGAGUAAUGAGAGUUAAGGAAUUUGCGUGACUGGUUCUAAUGUAUCCUUGCAACGACACCGUUAAAUAUCUUUUCGCUUUCCACACGACGACAAAAAAAAUCACAAAAAUUUCAAAAUGGUGUUAGUACAAUGUAAUGCGUGUCUUUGCUACGGCGUCUCGAGGAUAUCGAGAGCUGCCAUUUAGCUGUAAACUCGCACAAGCUAAUAUAAAAAAAAAUUAUAUAAAAAGAACCACGAUGGCUUCGGGAGCAAACAGAAUUUUUUUUCUUUCUUUCUUUUGAAUUCCUCUUAUAGUGGAAUGAAAUCGCGGUCGUACUUUGUACAUAGCUUAAAUACGUAUCAAUGCGCGUCUUUAAUAUUAUUAUAUUAAUUAUUAUUAUUGAUUAUUAUUAUUAAUUAUUAUUUUAUGGAUGUUAUCGAAAUAGCGCUUAGUCAUUCUGUAUUGUAGCCGCCGAUCAAGGGCCUCACGAGUGUAGAGCUGCAUUUCGUUGUGUACGGUAUCAUAGGAGUGAUAAUAAUGUUAUUUUAUUAUUAUUAAAAUUAUUAUUAUAUUAUAUUAUUAUAUUAUUACCAUGAUGUAUCAAUAUCAAUGCAUAUAUCGCUAGCUUUACACCACCGAGGGGCACACGGUCAGCCCGGUAGGAAGGUUCAUGUUCUUUGUCUCUCCAAGAGAGAUGAGAUAACAUGCGCGUGAUGAUUCCAUGUAUGCUUUCCGCAAAUCCGUAUUGUAUUAGUGUGUGUGGGAAAGUUCCACUCCGACGGACUACAAAUAAAUUCGCCAAGUUGUAAAAUGCUA